AACCACAGUACUAACAGUACUACCAGCAGUAACCACAGUACUACCAGCAGUAACCACAGUACUAACAGUACUACCAGCAGUAACCACAGUACUACCAGCAGUAACCACAGUACUAACAUCACUACCAGCAGUAACCACAGUACUACCAGCAGUAACCACAGUACUAACAUCACUACCAGCAGUAACCACAGUACUACCAGCAGUAACCACAGUACUACCAGCAGUAACCACAGUACUACCAGCAGUAACCACAGUACUAACAGUACUACCAUAACCACAACCAGCAGUAACCACAGUACUAACAGUACUACCAGCAGUAACCACAGUACUACCAGCAGUAACCACAACCACAGUACUAACAGUACUACCUGCAGCACUAACAGUACUACCAGCAGU